UCGAGAGGAGGGGGUAUACGGUCGGACAGGACUGGAUUUCGGAGGCGACAAUAUAAGGCUAACUUUAACAUGAAUAAAUAGGGGCUUAGAUUCAUCGUGUUUAAAAUAAGAAAUAAAUAUUCAUUGUAGAAAACGCCGACCAAACAGAGACAAACCUCUCAUCUCUCAUAGACUAUUUAUCUGUCGACGCAUCUAUUCUGCACAUUCUCCUAUGUUGUUCUAGGCGGAGGAAUGGACAACUGCGUUCAUCCAUAUUUGUAGAUAAAUAAAUGGAUGAUUACGUUUUGGUUUAUUACAGACAGCGACCAUUGGACACCGCUCUACUCCUCGACGGACGCACUCUAAUAUCUGCUCCUCCUCUUCUCCGGUUUCCAUCCGCCAGUUGCGCCCCGGCUCGCCCUUGGUCUCGCACAGUAGCGUCGCCGCCUUGUCCCCACUGUUCCUGUCAGUUGCUGCGCAUCGGCAAAACAUGCAGGAUGAGCCUGUGGGGGUGACAACCGAACAACGAUCCCCGCCAACAGAGGAAAAGUAGUACAGACAAAACAACACAGUCAAUAAAGCCGGGAUACAGCAACCAAAUGAAACCAACAACCAGCUGGGAGCCCUCACUUCCAACUACAACCACCUGAACCAGAAUCCAGAUUUUGGUCAAGAUAAUUUUUGCCCUACACAGUCUAUAUUUGACCUUCAGCACGACUGGAAAAUACAUCAGCUAGCUGAGUUUGGAUGCACUGAGUCGCCCCUACCCCAAGGAAAAUUCAGUCACCUGCCGCUGAGGCAGCCUUUCACCGCUCAAGUCUCCACCAAACCCGCGUGCAGCACAGACUCCAGCCCCGGACGAAUCAGCGGAUCGCCAGUGGGGGAGGUUGAAGCCGAUGUGGAGACUGUCGCGUCGCCAUCGCCCACUUCCGUAAAUCCAAACAAGGUUCAGAUACAAAUGGACUCCCUCAUCACCCACCAUAUAAAUAACGGCAAUGGCAGUGGCAGUGGCACCGGCAAUAUGUUGGCCGGAAGUCUCGGGGGCGGUUUUCCAAACCUCCAGAACCAAGACAUGCAGAACCCGAGUGGUGGCUCAGCUUCACCUCCACUCCAUGGAUUCGGAACCCCGUGGUCGGUUCAGACCAGCUCCCCACCACCCGUCUCCAACUCGGCCAACCCUAUCCACCACGCAAACGCGAUUAAUCAAAUGGCUCAUACCGAGCCAGACAACAGCUUUUAUCCCGGUAUCCCCUCCUCCAUCAACCCAGCCUUCUUCCAGAGUUUUUCUCCAGUGUCGGCUAAUCCGUGCCCCGGCAUUAACGUGCAGGGCUUCUCCAGUCCGUUCUCGCACCAGAUCAACGCCCCUCAGCAGACGCAGCAGAGCCGCCGGUCCCCAGUCAGCCCCCAGAUGCACCCCCAGCACCAUCAUCAGCACCAGCAAGGCGUCUUCCUGCAGCAGAGGAACAACUACAACCACCACCACCAGCCCAUGGUGAAGCAAUCUCCCUGGGGGGGCAGUCACCAGGGGAGUGGUUGGAGCUCUGGUGGUAUGUCCUGGGGUCGGGACCACCGUCAUGGUGGAGGCAUGGGCAUCCCGGGCUCUGUCAGCCAGGUCUCCCCCAUGAAAAAACCCUUCUCCAGUAACGUCAUCGCACCGCCCAAGUUCCCCCGUUCCGCCGGCCCCAUGGGCCCCAAGGCCUGGAUUGAGGAGAACAUGUUCCGAACAGACAGUAACAGUAACACGCUUAUGCCUCUCCAGGAUCGAUCUAGAAUGUACGACAGUCUAAACAUGCACUCACUGGAAAGCUCUCUGAUUGACAUCAUGCGGGCGGAGCAGGAUCCAAUGAAGGGCCGUGUGGGAUGCCCUCACCCUGGAGCCGACGGCCUGCUCAUGCUCAAUGCAAGGAGCUAUGGGAGACGUCGAGGCCGCUCGUCCCUGUUCCCAAUUGAAGACAGCCUCCUUGAUGACGGGCACGAUAACCAGGGAGUCCCAGGGCUUGACACCAACUGUUACCCCCACCCAAACGGGGAGCGCAUUGAGCGUUUCUCCCGCAAAGUGUUUGUGGGCGGCCUUCCCCCUGACAUAGAUGAAGAUGAGAUCACCAACAGUUUCCGUCGCUUUGGCCACCUGGUGGUGGACUGGCCACACAAGGCUGAGAGCAAAUCCUACUUCCCCCCGAAAGGUUACGCCUUCCUGCUGUUCCAGGAGGAGAGCUCAGUGCAGGCUCUGAUCGAGGCCUGCAUGGAGGAGGAUGGCAAGCUCUACCUCUGUGUCUCCAGCCCCACCAUCAAAGACAAGCCUGUCCAGAUUCGUCCAUGGAACCUGAGUGACAGUGACUUUGUGAUGGACGGCUCUCAGGCUCUGGAUCCUCGAAAGACCAUCUUCGUAGGAGGCGUUCCACGCCCUCUCAGAGCAGUGGAGUUGGCCAUGAUUAUGGACCGUCUCUAUGGGGGGGUCUGCUACGCUGGCAUCGACACCGAUCCAGAGCUCAAGUACCCAAAAGGGGCGGGGCGCGUGGCCUUCUCCAAUCAGCAGAGUUACAUCGCUGCUAUCAGCGCCAGAUUCGUCCAGCUGCAACAUGGAGACAUUGACAAGCGGGUGGAGGUGAAGCCCUAUGUUCUGGAUGACCAGCUUUGUGAUGAGUGCCAGGGGGCGCGUUGUGGGGGGAAGUUUGCCCCUUUCUUCUGCGCCAACGUGACCUGCCUGCAGUACUACUGUGAGUUCUGCUGGGCUAACAUCCACUCCCGCGCCGGCCGAGAGUUCCACAAGCCGCUGGUCAAAGAGGGGGCUGACCGCCCAAGGCAAAUUCACUUCCGCUGGAACUGAAGAGAAACUCGAUCACAUGUCACUAUGGAGACAUGGUCAGAAGCAACAGUCAAGGAAGAGAGACAUCGCCAGACAGGAAAAAGUGUCAUCGCCCUGCUUCUUACCGUAAGCUAUCAGUAUAGAGUACAUAACAGUAUACAAUAUAUCUAUCUUUUGUAGCAGCCAAACAUUACAAGCCUCAGUUUUUCACCAAUCCCCCCCCCCCCCCCUCUUUCACAUCUCAGGCUCUAACAACUUUUUUUGUGGUACCUUCAUAUUUUUUAAGAGGAUAUUUAAAAAGAGAUAGAUGUUUUGUAGUUUUUCAAAUUAUUUUUAUAUGUGAGAUUUAACGUAGAAUGUUUUUGCAUGGGGGUAGCCUGUCUGUCUGUUUGUCUGCUGCUAGCCACCCCCUAGUGGGUGUAGCGUGCCCUUGUUUCUGGGAAAACCUUGAUUCGAUAAUCUGGACACCUGCCCCAGGUCAUUUACCAAAGGUAGCAAAAUGAUAGGAAGCGUAAAAGGGAUACACUUCUGCCACAAAACAAACUUUAAUUGUUCAUUGUUGCUAUGUUCUCUUUUUCCUUAUUGGGGAAGAGGUACAAAAAUUAUAGGGUUAUUUUUGCUCUCAUUUUGACCUGAAAAAAUACAACUAUAAAUAUGAAUCUGGUUUGUAUUAACUCUAUUUAACAUUUUGAAUCACAAGAUAUAUUAAAAGCUUUGCUGCUAUACAUAAUAUAUGAAUAGAUGUAUAGGUGUUAUAUAUUAACAGCAUCUGUAAACCGUAAUCUUGAAAAUGAAAUGCAGUCUGCACUCAAACACUCAUGGCCCCCAUUGCCAUGGAAGAAUAGAAUGUGAAAAUUAAAAUGCAUGUUUGUGCAUGCAGGAUAGACUUAACCAACACAUGCAGGAUAGACUUAACCAACACAUGCAGGAUAGACUUAACCAACACAUACAGGAUAGACUUAACCAACACAUGCAGGAUAGACUUAACCAACACAUACAGGAUAGACUUAACCAACACAUGCAGGAUAGACUUAACCAACACAUGCAGGAUAGACUUAACCAACACAUGCAGGAUAGACUUAACCAACACAUACAGGAUAGACUUAACCAACACAUACAGGAUAGACUUAACCAACACAUGCAGGAUAGACUUAACCAACACAUACAGGAUAGACUUAACCAACACAUACAGGAUAGACUUAACCAACACAUACAGGAUAGAAUUAACCAACACAUACAGGAUAGACUUAACCAACACAUGCAGGAUAGACUUAACCAACACAUGCAGGAUAGACUUAACCAACACAUGCAGGAUAGACUUAACCAACACAUACAGGAUAGACUUAACCAACACAUGCAGGAUAGACUUAACCAACACAUGCAGGAUAGACUUAACCAACACAUACAGGAUAGACUUAACCAACACAUACAGGAUAGACUUAACCAACACAUGCAGGAUAGACUUAACCAACACAUGCAGGAUAGACUUAACCAACACAUGCAGGAUAGACUUAACCAACACAUGCAGGAUAGACUUAACCAACACAUGCAGGAUAGACUUAACCAACACAUGAAGGAUAGACUUAACCAACACAUGCAGGAUAGACUUAACCAACACAUGCAGGAUAGACUUAACCAACACAUGCAGGAUAGACUUAACCAACACAUGCAGGAUAGACUUAACCAACACAUACAGGAAACAGAUAUCAUAUAACAGAUAUCAUACAUAAACAGAUAUCAUAUAACAUAUAUCAGAUAUCAGAUAUCAUAUAACAGAUAUCAUACAUAAACAGAUAUCAUAUAACAUAUAUCAUAUAUCAGAUAUCAUAUAACAGAUAUCAUAUAACAGAUAUCAUACAUAAAUAGAUAUCAUCUAACAGAUAUCAUAUAACAGAUAUCAUACAUAAACAGAUAUCAUAUAACAGAUAUCAUCUAACAGAUAUCAUCUAACAGAUAUCAUCUAACAGAUAUCAUCUAACAGAUAUCAUAACAGAUAUCAUACAUAAACAGAUAUCAUAUAACAGAUAUCAUAUAACAGAUAUCAUAUAGCAAAUAUCAUACAUAAACAGAUAUCAUAUAACAGAUAUCAUAUAGCAGAUAUCAUACAUAAACAGAUAUCAUAUAGCAGAUAUCAUAUAUCAGAUAUCAUACAUAAACAGAUAUCAUAUAACAGAUAUCAUAUAACAGAUAUCAUACAUAAAUAGAUAUCAUCUAACAGAUAUCAUAUAACAGAUAUAUAACAGAUAUCAUACAUAAACAGAUAUCAUAUAACAGAUAUAAUCUAACAGAUAUCAUAUAACAGAUAUCAUAACAGAUAUCAUACAUAAACAGAUAUCAUAUAACAGAUAUCAUAUAGCAAAUAUCAUACAUAAACAGAUAUCAUAUAACAGAUAUCAUAUAGCAGAUAUCAUACAUAAACAGAUAUCAUAUAGCAGAUAUCAUACAUAAACAGAUAUCAUAUAACAGAAACCACUCAAUCCUACAGUGAGUAGCAUGUACAAAAACAAUAGAAGCCUAGGUGUUCAAAAUACCAUGGCGAUCAAGAAAAAUACAUUAAAACUACUUACUUAAAACAUCUUGCAUGCAUUGAUGUUGAUACGUUGUUUGAUCCGACAUACUUAUACAAAAAAAUGCUAUAUUGGUUCUAGACUAGUGGAUGCCACCAUUUUGUGACGUGGUGGUUUGUGAGGAAUGAAGAAGCUGUUGAGAAGCUGAGUGGUGUUUAGUCAAUGGCUAGUGUCGUCUCUGUGCUGUCUGUGUGGGUCUUGUUAGUGUGUGGACAGAGGUUUUAGUUUAGUAACAAUGUAGAUAUACGAGAAUGAGAACAUCACAAUAUUUUGCCUUCACCCCUCCUUUCCUCCCCACCUUUUUAUAGUUACUGUGGUUACUCUAAUGUAGCAAAGCACUUAAAAGACCAAAAACACACACAGUAGCCUGGCUGGAUCAGCUAACUGCAGGCAUACGACUGGGAGAUGUGUGUUUGUGCGGUGUAGUGUGCCAUGUGUUACACUAGUUGGCUAAUCCAUACCGCUGUUCAAAUGUUGUCAUGGAGAAGGAUUCGUAAGGAAGCAUCUGUCCAAUAUUUGUUCCUGGGUCGUGUUAUCAGGCUAUGAAUUUUGCAGUUGGAUGAAACUGUUCUAUAAGAAAUCUGUCUCUCAUAUGUACAGUAAUUACUAGUUAUGAGACUCCAGACCUAUAGAAAGUGGCCAAGUUCUAUGUCCUGCUAGUGAAAGAUGACAAAGACACACCCCUUCACUGAUAAUAAUAAAACAUUUGGGUUUGCAGAAUACAUAUUAACUGUGUUCUUCGUUUUCUCUAACUGUGACCCUGUGAGGACAUCGCUCUUAAAUACUUUUCAGGGGACAAUCCCUCUCUCUGUGAGUAAUGAACUGCUGGUGCAUUAGCAUAUCAGCUGUAUGGUACUGUACAUGUCUGUAUCUCUACAGGGUAAUAUCCCUGUUAUUCCUGUGUCAUAGUGUUUCAUGCCCUGGUGUGGAGUCCUUGGUAUCCCGUAGGUUAGGUGUCAAGUGUUGCUGUUACUACCCUAUGGGGAUACGAUUUUAUGUUUGUUUAUUCACAUACUGUAUUAUUAGAACAUUCAUUUGUUUAACGUCUUGAACUUUUGACCCCCUCCCUGUCCCAAGCAUCUCUAAUCACUUUUGAUAAUAUAUUAUGCACUUCCCUUUCUAUAUUUCCCUCUCUUUUCCCUUGGAUGAUUUGAUUCUUGACUCAUUUUUCACCCUAGCAGUUCGAUAGCUGAUACAAUGCAGACGUGGUUUGGGUAACAACCUAUUUUUCUCCAUUUCAUUACUCAUGAAAAAUUCUGUUCUAACAAACUUCUACCUAUUUAUAAUUCUACCAGAUGAUUUAUUGAAUACAAUUUUUUCAUAAUUGUGUGCGGAGGCGGUGGUCUUAGGUUUUUCUAUGUGAAGGAAGUAGUUAUCUAAUACGUUCUAAUAUAUUCAAACUGAAUCCCGUUGUUACAGGGAAUGUGUUUCUGCCCCUCUCUCUGUAAAUUAACAGGGUGCUGAGCUAUGAUGACUGGCUCUACAAAAUGGUAGCCAAAAAAUGAUGAGCAACAGCUUCAAAGCAAAUGAGGGAUCCUUUAGCCACCAGCCACCCUUCUUGUACGGCGUUCGUGGUGUGGUUGGUGUUCUGCUCAGAACAGAACAGAGCUCGCUUUUACAUUGUCACCAUUGCCCUGUAACACUUGACUCCUUGUGCUGUUUGUUGAGUAAUUUGAGUAAUAUGUUGAACACUGUUACCUUGUACAGUGCCUUCGGAAAGUAUUCAGACCCCUUGACUUUUUUCACGUUUUAUUAUGUUACAGCAUUAUUCUAAAAUUGAUUAAAUUGACAAAAAGUACCCCAUAAUGACAAAGCAAAAACAGGUUUUUAGACAUUUUAUUUGCAUAAGUAUUCAGACCCUUUGCUAUGACAUUAGAAAUUGAGCUCAGGUGCAUCCUGUCUCCAUUGAUCAUUCUUGAGAUGUUUCUACAACAUGAUUGUUGGAGUCCACCUGCGGUAAAUUCUAUUGAUUUUACAUGAUUUGGAAAGGCACACAAUGCAUGUCAGAUUAAAAACCAACCCAAGAGGUCGAAGGAAUUUUCCGUAGAGCUACGAGACAGGAUUGUGUCGAGGCACAGAUCUGGGGAAGGGUACCAAAACAUUUCUGCAGCAUUGAAGGUCCCCAAUUACACAGUGGCCUCCAUCAUUCUUAAAUGGAGGAAGUUUGGAACCACCAAGACUCUUCAUAGAGCUGGCCGCCCGGCAAAACUGAGCAAUUGGGGGAGGGAGGUGACCAAGAAUCCAAUGGUCACUCUGACAGAUCUCUAGAGUUCCUCUGUGGAGAUUGAACCUUCCAGAAGGACAACCAUCUCUGCAGCACUCCACCAAUCAGGCCUUUAUGGUAGAGUGGCCAGACGGAAGCCACUCCUCAGUAAAAGGCACAUGACAGUCCACUUGGAGUUUGCCAAAAACCUGCUUCAGAGUGCUCAAGACCUCCGACUGGGGCGAAGGUUCACCUUCCAACAGGACAACGACCCUAAGCACACAGCCAAGACAACGCAGGAGUGGCUUUGGGACAAGUCUCUGAAUGGCCUUGAGUGGCCCAGCCAGAGCCCAGACUUGAACCCGACCGAACAUCUCUGGAGAGACCUGUAAAUAGCUAUGCAGCAACACUCCCCAUCCAACCUGACAGAGCUUGAGAAGAUCUGCAGAGAAGAAUGGGAGCAACUCCCCAAAUACAGGUGUGCCAAGCUUGUAGUGUCAUACCCAAGAAGAUCCGAUGCUGUAAUCGCUGCCAAAAGUGCUUCAACAAGUACUGAGUAAAGGUUCUUAAUACAUGUGCAAAUAUUUUGUCAUUAUUGGGCAUUGUGUGUAGAUUGAUGAGGGGGGAAAAACUAUUUAAUAAAUGUUAGAGUAGGGUUGUAACAUAACAAAAUGUGGAAAAAGCCAAGGGGUCUCAAUACUUUCCGAAGGCACUGAAUGUGUGUGUCUUUGUAUUUUUAAGAAUCAUAUUUAUUUCACUUUUUAGUAGACAAAUAACUAUUUGAUUUUGAUUGUAUUUUUUAUUUCAAUAGGUUUGUUAUUAUUAUUAUGAUACAUAUUUUAGUUGUCCUAAUAUUCUAAUUAUGUUAUUAAGCCGGGCUCUGUUGAAAGACAAAAAGAAAAACAAUUUCAAAAAUCAUGUCAUUAUGUAUAUAUUGAUGUAUUACUAUAUAACUGUUUUAAUAUGUCUAAAUGGUUGAUAUAUAAUUUCAGCUUUACACCUUUUAAUUGAAGGAAAGAAACGUUGAGGGUUCUAUUAUAUUCAUGGAAGACACUUGAGAUUCUCCCCCUGUUGCAUCGAGGCCCGCGGUGCCUCUCCUCAUAGAUGCUCUGAAACUUGAAUAUAACACAUUUUGAAAGGCUGACUAACCUCGAUUCUGUGUUGUGACGUGCAAUACUGUUUCUAAUGUUUGUAUAAAAAGUAAGAAUUACAGUGUAAACCUUUUUAAUGCAGAUUUAUUUUUUUCAUUGCAUAUUUUGCAUAUUUCUGAUCCACAGUGUCAUUUUUUACUGUCAGAAAAGAAACCCCUUUUCAUUGCAACUAUUUUUAAAUCCAGAUAUCUUUGUACUGAUGUAAAUGAUUGUAAUUAUUUUCAAUAGUGUUUUGCUAACAAAAAGAGAUACUUUUUCAUGCAUAUUUCUAUUUCAUUUCAUUUUCAUUUUUUACAUUUCAUUUAAUAGUAGAAUACUUUGAAACAUUUUUCAUUUUGUAUGUCAUUGAUAUUAUUUUGUAUUUUUAUGUGGCAAUAUAUACAAUUUUAAGAGGCUAAUUGCAUAGAUAUUAUUUUAAUUUGAAUAAUUUUUUAAGCUAAAUCUUUGUAAUAUUGUUAAAGUAACUAAUUUCUAAAUUUGAGUUGGUGUAUGGAUUCACAAAAGUGGUUUGAGGUGUACCGAUUGUAAUUAUUACUCAAUGGUUCUUUGAUAUGCAAAAUAGAUAUAAUGUUGAUUAAAAUGUUUGUUUGUUUUGUAUUUAAAUGGUGUGUUGAUUACAAUCUGUUUUCUUUAAUUUCCUGAAUAAAUAAAGACCCAUUCUGUUCGGACACAACAUG